AUGAAGGCCUUUACCAUUGUUGCGUUGCUCGCUAUGGGAGCUAUUGCCCUUCCGAUGCUCCCGAGAGGCGAGCAGAGCGCUGAUGAGAGCUACCUGCCUUCGAAGCGUGUCGAACAAAGCGCUGAUGAGAGCUAUCUGCCAUCGAGGCGUGCGGAGCAGAGCGCCGAUGAAAGCUACCUGCCCUCGAAGCGGGUAGAGCAGAGCGCCGAUGAGAGUUAUCUCCCCUCCAAGAGGGCUCAGCAAAACGCAGAUGAGAGUUACUUGCCGUCGAAGCGCGUCGAGCAAAGCGCGGAUGAGAGCUACUUGCCUAGUUAG